AUGUUAAGAGCAGCGGGUAUCAGAUGCGCUAGAGGUAUUAGAUUGCAUUCCAGCAUACCGAGACGUGAAUUCUUAGAUGUCGAUAUCGAUAUUGAAUGUAGAUCGACUUCACAACAAUCGUUUGGCGAAGUUGUCGGGGAAAAUGCGAACGAUCGUGUCAUAGAUAGAGAUCAGUUGCUAUCGCAUCCAGUGUCCUCACCAUAUAGACAUGAGUCUGGCUCCCUCAUACAUGGAAAAAAUGCUCAUGAGGCAAGACUUUUACCCGAGACCCUGCAGGCCAGAACAUACAGAGAUCAGCUAGAAUUGAAUCCAAUUGUGUCACAGGCCAUUAAGAACAAUAUUUUGUCGUUGCACUUGCCAAACAACAUUAGGAGAUCUGCUGCCAACUAUUUUGUGGAAAUGUAUCGAGAGAAACUUCAUAGCCCAGCCAGAACCGAGAUGGAGGUGGACUCACACAUUGCAGCUAUAUUUGUUCAAAAUUAUGGCUCUAUCUUUCAAAGUUUGGCAGAGCUGAAAAAACGAGUAGGACCCUCGUUCGAGCCCAAAAGAAUCUUGGAUGUGGGUUAUGGACCUGCUACAGGUAUCGUGGCACUAAAUGAGUUGAUGGACAAGAACUUCAACCCUGAGCUGAGGGAAGCUGUUAUUCUUAGUGGCGUUGAAAUGCAAAAAAGAGCCAAGAUUAUUUUGAGUCGAUACCUGAGUGAAAUACCUAAUAAAGAUUCUGCCCUAGAGGAGGCAACUGAAGAAUUACAGGAUGAUAUUACUGAGGACAAAGAGUUGGUAGGAGAAGUUAUGACAAAAAAGAUCAAUAUUAACACUAAGUUGAGAAACUCGGUACCCGGUUCGAGUAAUUAUGACCUUAUCAUCCUAACACAUCAGUUGUUGAAGAAUGAGGAACGCUUCCCGAUGCAAAUCGAUGACAAUGUAGAGCACUAUCUGAAAUUACUGGCGCCCGGUGGCUACAUCGUUAUUGUAGAGCGUGGUAACCCCCUUGGAUUCGAGAUUAUCAGUAGAGCAAGGCAAAUCAUGAUAAGACCUGAAAAUUAUCCAGAAGAACAUGGUAAAAUUCCAAGACCUUAUAUGAGGGGCUCUUCGAUCAAACGGCGCCCCACAACUGAAGGCAAUGAUGGUGAGCUCGAGGAAGACGCCCAAAAGCUGAUGCAAGAGAUAAGUUCUCGGCAUGGAGAAGUUCAGGCAGAGGAUAUGGAAUUCGAACCAGAAUUGUUACAAGAGAUGAGUGAAGAAAAUGUAGAAGAGCAUCCAAAUUACCAUUUAAAAAUUAUAGCACCAUGUCCUCAUCAUAGAAAGUGUCCUCUGCAGAUCGGCAACCCCAAAUACUACGAAUACGAUGAAGGUAAGAAGCUAAAAUUCUGCAAUUUCCAAAAAUCAAUAAUGAGACCUAAAUUUAACAUAGAAUUGAAGAAAGGUAAAAUUCUAGCGACUCGUUGGCAAGAACCUACAGAUGGUGUCGGAAUAGAAGGUCUUGCUAAACCCGGCACUGGUAGACCCAACGGCCGCAAUUACGAAAUCUUAAAUUAUUCGUAUCUGAUCGCCCAGAGAUCUCAAACAGAUUCAGAGACCGUUUCUCAAAUUGACAAACAGAGAGAAGAAAGUAGAGCAUAUUAUGAUAUUGGGUCUUUAGGUGAUGGCACACAGGAGACUUGGCCAAGGAUAAUCAAUCAGCCGAUAAAGAGGAAAGGCCACGUAACGAUGGAUCUAUGUGGUUCAUCGGGACAACUAGAGAAAUGGGUUAUACCGAAAUCUUUCGAUAAAGAAAUUUAUCAUGAUGCUCGAAAGGCAGUUAAAGGUGACUUGUGGGGAUUAGACGCCAAGACAAAGAUCAAAGGCGCUGCAAACUUGAACGUAGACAAAUUUGAAAAAUUAGAGAAGGAACGGAUCAAGAAAUCGAAAACGAUUAUGAAGAAGCAAGAUAGAGAGAUUGCAGAGAAAUACAACGACAUCAAGCACGAUGCCAAGGGCCUCUUAGAAGAAGAAGUGGAUGGCCUAGCAGAAGUUUACGGCUACGAUUACACCAGAGGUUCUCAAAGAAAGCAAAAGCUCUACAACAAGCGAAAAAUUGGUGGCAGUGAUCAUUAA